AUGCAAGAUGUUUGGUCAUCUACGACUGAAUGUAGACAAGGUCAGAAGAGAGUUUGGGUUAGAAAGGCUCCACAACCUGUAACAGUUCCAAUUCAAACAACUGCACAUGGUGACAAUGUGGUUAGCCCUAUUGUGGAUCAAGAAGGGUUUCAGAGAUCUUUGAGGCCAAUCAGGGUGAGAGUUGGUCUAGAGACUCCAGUUAUAACAUCUAAUGCUUUUCAGGUGUUGGAGGCUCCAUUAAUUGAUAAUGAAGGAUUGGUAGGAGGACAAUGUCAGGGGGAUGAACAAAGGAUAGUGAUGGGUCUAAACUCAGUACAGAAACAGAAUGAGGUUAAGCACUUCAUUCAGAAGUAUGCAGUGGGUUUGGUGGGACUCCUGGAGCAUAAGGUGAAGAUCUCUAAUAUAGGGAAGCUUUACCAGAAUGUCUUUGCAAACUGGUGUUUUACUAGAAAUUCUAGCUAUCACUCUGGUGGUAGAAUUGUUGUAGGUUGGAAGGCUGGACGCUUCACAGUUAAUAUUGCUGCUGCAUCUAGUCAGUUUGUUCACUUCCAUGUUACUCCUGUAAGUGGUAGGCAAGCUUUCUGCACUUUUGUUUAUGCUUUUAAUGAUGCUGGUAUGAGAAAAGAUCUAUGGAGGGAUUUGUUGCUGCUUAAUACUCAAGAUCCUUGGAUUGUGUGUGGGGAUCUCAACUGUGUUAUGGCUUUAGAUAAUAGAAUUGGAGCCCCUGUAAGACAUAGUGAUAUUGUAGAUGUGAGCAAUUGUAUGCAUGCUUGUGGUAUGGAAGACAUUAAAUGUGUGGGUAAUCUUUUUACCUGGAACAACAAGCAGCAAGGUAAUAACAGGGUUUUUUCAAAAAUUGAUAGAUUUAUGGCUAAUCAUGCUUGGCAAUCUUGUUUUCUAGUUGCUGAAGUGUGUUUUAUGCCAGAAGGUCAUUUUGAUCACUCUCCUGGGCUUUUUUCUGUGUACCCCAGAGAUGAUGGAGGGAAGAAACCCUUUAAAUACUUUACUAUGUGGAAGUCUUCAACUGUGUUUUCAGAUACUGUUAAGCAGGCUUGGAACACACAGAUAAUUGGGACUAAAAUGUUCAUCUUGAUUAAUAAGCUGAAAAGAGUAAAACAGGCUCUUAAGGAGUUGAAUAAAGUAGGUUUUAUUGAUAUCCAUGGUGCGGAUUUAAGAGCCUAUCAGAAUAUGGUGAAUGCACAAAGUGCAAUGCAUAAUAAUCUUACUGAUCAAGGUGUUGCAGAUGCAGAGUUGACUGCAAUUCAAGAAUAUAAGGAGAAACAUAAAGCUUAUCUGGCUUUUCUCAGUCAGAAAGCAAAGUUGUCAUGGCUUAAAGAUGGGGAUGAAAAUACUUCCUUUUUUCCUCAGAGUAUCAAGACCAGGAAGAUGCAGAACCAAGUUUAUAGCAUCUAUGAUAUGAAAGGAGAAUGGAAAGAUACAGCUGAUGGGGUGUCUCAAGCUUUCCUGGAAUAUUAUAAAUUAAAGUGCUACUAG